CAAGGCGAGCGCUAUUCAGCAGGAAGUCAAGCUAUAUAUCAGCCAACUGCGCAUGCGCUACAGCUCUUCACAAUCUAGGGAUGCGUUUCUCUUCAUAAAACGAUGAACAAACUCCCGGAUAGCUAUAUAAAAGUGGGCCUCCAUUCUAGUCUACUCUGAGCGUGAUGGCGACCACUGACGAGGUCACAGUGUCCAUGGGGGAGGUGGUGAUGGUGAAGGCUGAUGGUGAAGGUGACUCUGAUGACCCCAAUAAGACCCAGGUCAUCCUCCAGCUCCAGCCCAUCACCGCCGGAGAUGAAUCUGCUGAAACAGAUGCAGCUGUCAUGGCUGUUGAAGCACAUCCAGAACAUACCGAGGGCGACGACGUUGAAAUCGGCAUUCCCAUAACAUGUGGUGACAGUAAAGCUGUGUUGCUAGUGAAGAAAUUUGUGUGCCCGGGAAUCAAUGUAAAAUGUGUGAAGUAUGAAGACCAGCUGAUCAGUCCAAAGCAGUUUGUGCACAUUUCUGGAAAAGCCACUCUGAAAGACUGGAAGAGAGCCAUCAGGAUGAGUGGAGUCAUGCUAAGAAAAAUGAUGGAUUCAGGCCAGCUUGACUUCUACCAGCACAGCACACUGUGUACUAACACGUGUCGCAGCACCAAGUUUGACCUCUUAAUCAACAAUACACGGUUCCCUCCAGAUGGCAGCGGACUUACCACACCCACAUCCUCUCAUGCUCAGGUGGUUCUGGGUAAUGGCGGGACAGUCGGCGAGGACAGAGCAGAUGUUCUGAGCGGGAAGUUGGACUGGAGCUCAAGCUCACUGGAGUCCGCAGACAAGAGGGAAUCUAACGAGAUCUCAGAGGAUACGCUGAAUUUCUGGAAGGGCAUCGCUGACGUGGGUUUGCUGGGUGAAGUGGUGACCAACAUCAGCUCGGAGCUGCUGGAGCUGCUGAACAACGUGCAGCAGCGCAGGGAGUCGGCUACCUUACAGGACACAGAUUCCUGUCUGGUAGAGGUGGCGGUGCUCAGUAACCUCGCCCAAGUGUUCGGCCUGCUCGACUCAGUCAAGAAGACUCUGGAGAAGAGGAGGCAGCAGACUGAUCCCAGCCAGGAGCAGAUCCUCAGCACCCUCUCCAACUUGGAGGUGCAGUUGGAAGAACAGAGGAAGCAGCAGCAGGUGCGAGCUCUUCUGUCCUGCCCGCAGCCUGCCAAAAACAAGACUCCCACCAAGCGCCAGACCAAGCGGCCUCGUCUGCAGAGGCCCGCCUCUACCACCACCCUCCUGACCUCCCCCAUCAACCAGCAGACCACCUUGCAGCCUCAGCAGUUCACCGUUCUGUCCCCCAUCUCACUGUCCUCUGUGGGUCAGCCGUUCACUAUGGCUGGCCUGCCCAUCGCCUCCCUGGCCCAGUCCUCUAACACCGUCACCCUGCUCCCCGCCGGCUCGCAGCUCUUCACCCGCUACAUGGUGACCGGAGACGGAAAAGCCGACACCAUCACCUUGCACCCGUCCUCGGGCCUGACGCUGCUGGGCACCACUGCCAUGCAGGACUCAAGCCAGCUGGUGAGCCCUGUAGAGUUGGUGCAUCUGAGCCAGCAGGCUGGCGGUGCAGAGGUGGUGCCCAUAGAAGGCCAGGUGGUGGACGGCACCAUGCUGGUGCAACAGGAGGUGAUGCAGGGCGAGGUGGAGGCCGGCCAGGAGCACACGGUCAUUGAGAUAAACCCAGCUCCAGUGGAGCAGGCGGUGGGAGUGAUGGAGCUGCAGCUGUCCGGGGAGUCGGGGAGAGACGGGGCCACCAUGGUGGUCCAGAGCGGGAUGGAGGUGGCGAUGUCCACAGAGGGGGAGGAGACACAGUGCCAAAUGCAGGAAGUGCAGACUGAAGGGGUUCAGGGGCUGCAGCUUGACGCCAACGGACAGUUGUCAGGUGUACAGAUAGUGGUGAUAGAAGAAAAUACUCAGGAAGAAAACAAGGUCAAAUGAGACACACCUCCUAUUCUACCCACCAGAGCAGGCAGAUAUGGACUGAACUAUCACAGACUUGUGAAAUUGUAAAUACACAGAAUUUCCAAAUCCAUGAAUUGCCUUGGCUUAAGACCAAGCACUAGGGUAGACAUUUUUCCUUUUUGGUGUGUCUGUACAUGCUCCUCUCAACCUCUUGUUGAUUUUUAUUGAAACAAAGACGCAUCACAACAAAGAUUAGACUGUAUGCUUCUGUUUGUUUUGUAAUUAAAGGAUCAUUCAGGUUUAUCACAACUUGGCUCUUAUUUUUAUAGUUCUGGCCAUCAUUUCUAUUGUAAAUAUUAACACUGCACUCACCAAGUUAAUUGCUGAGAUCUGGGAAGAUGGAGACAUCACUAAAAAGAAGUCAGAGCAGUCAGAUGAUCUAACGGGUUGUAAACAAGUUUCCAGGUUAUCCAAUCUUAUUUGAAAGAGUAAAAGAAGGUGAAGUGUGUUCACACAGUUUUCUUGUGUAAUUAGGGAUUAUUACCAAAAUUUCAGGUGCACUCACUUUCAGUUUUGCCACCAAAUUACAUGGUUUAGAGUGUUUACAAAACACAGACCCUGGACCAGUAACAGACUAUGGAGUGUCUGAAAGAAUAUGAUUCGGCAAAAAAGCUGAGUAAUGAUUAUAUAACUUUGAUUAUAUAAUUUAUAAUUAUAUUUAUAUUAAUAAUUAUAUAAUAUAUCCAAAAGUUGGACGUACUUAGAGCCUACCAUUUUCUUGUAUUUUAAUGUGAGAUUGAUAACCCUGGUUUAGAUAAUCUGGCUAAACAACCUGUCUGAUCAUCUGACUUUCAUUGCAGCGAUGUUGCCGUGUUCCCAGAUCUCAGCAAUUACUUUGGUGAGUGUGAUUUAAUCAUAGCAGAUAGAAACGAAGGCCAAGACUACAAAAAUACCUGAGUUGUAACAAACCAGAAUGAUCCUUGAAGCCUCCAUGAACAACCCAAGGACAAGAGAAUGCACUGUAACCGUAAAGUCUACAUGCAGGGCGUUAAUGGUGCUGAUGAUUCGUCAGUUCACAUCUUCUUAUACUGACUCAUUACCAGUUACAGUGUUGGUGUCACUUGAGGCUGAGAUUAAUUGCACUGUAUGUUGUGUCGUAGUGUCGCAUCCAAGCUGUAUUGUUUUUGCACUGUGUGACGUCCUUUCAGGACUACAGAAAGAUGUUUGCAACCAUGCCUGCUCUCUCAACACUUCUUCAGAAUUUGGCCACACUGUUGGGCGUGCAGUGUUUUUCUGUGCAUAGUUAAAUGAAAACAGACUGAACCCUUCUCACUGGAAUUGCAUUGCUUAUGCACUUACUCCCUCAGUGGUUUCAUACUUUCUGAUUUCAUUCACAAACUCCAUUUAUUUACUUUAUUCUGAUCAUCUAUUGCUUUCUCUCAGUAUCAUAGGUAGUAUGAGCUACUGGGCUGAUUGUUUAAGUCAUUAUAUAAAAAAACAUAUAUAUACACUUAAUGUCAAACUUGGUAUGCCUGUAUUUUACAGUUGUAAAGUAGUGUCAUAUUUAUUAGUUUCCAAACUGAAGAGAUGGGCCUCUCCAUUUAAGGUGCAAACAUGGAUUAAUUUAUGCUUUGGGCUGUCGCUCACAUCAGAAAAAACCUGUUCAAGAUUUGUGCAUUUUCAAUAAUUUAAUUUAACAAAUGAGGGUAUUUGCAUACUGACUUUGUAAUGUGUUUUAAUAUCAGAUUAAAACGUUAAAAAACAAGUGUAA